AUUGGUCAUGAAAUGAGUCACGGUUUUGGAAUUAGUGAAAGUAAGUACGACAAGGACGGCAACGCCGCAUCAUUAUGGACGCAAAAUAUCACCGACAAGUAUGACAAAAUAAUCCAAUGUUUUAUUGACCAGUACGAUAAAUAUCUGUUUCCGGGACUAAAACAUAAGAAUGUUUACGUAGACGGAUCACUGACGCUUGGAGAAAACAUUGCCGAUUCCGCGGGCAUUGUAGCUGCAUAUUACGCGUAUAAAAACCGGAAAGCAAGACUAAACGAACCUGAGUGGCGGCUACAGGGACUGGAGCAAUAUAGCGAUGAUCAGAUUUUUUUCUUAAUGUAUGAUCAAAUGAUGUGCAAAGAUAUUUUUCCGGAAGUUUUGCAAAACCGUACAUUUGAUAACCAUCCUCGAAUGGAAACUAGGAUUCUUGGCAGUCUUUUGAAUUUUCCUGAAUUCUCUGCUGCUUACAACUGCCCCAAGGAAAAAAGAAUAAAUCCUGAAAAGAAAUAUGCUCUGUAG